CUCGAUUGUAUUUAGUAGGAAAAACAACAUACAUUCCCGUGAUAUUGAACAACAGCUAACAAGUAAAAUAUUAUAUAUAGUGGAGAGUUUUACCUACAUUGGACAGUAUUCGUUACUGUUGGACACUGCAGAUAUUAUUCUUGAAUCUUGUUAAAGGUCAAAUACAAAAGGGCACACUGAUGUUCGAUUCGUCAUGUCGACAUUAAAAUAUAAUCUUAUAAUAUCCGUGUUUUUAAUUUUAUUUACAUUUUCAAUACACGCACAGUCAAUAUAUGGAUCGUACGAACACCAAGGAAUUCCCUUCAGGGAAAACAAUUUUUUAGGCAGUCGACCUAUUUCGCGUGAGUACGAUUUUAUUGUCAUCGGCGCAGGUCCGGGAGGCUGUGUGGUCGCAAAUCGAUUGUCUGAAAAUCCUAAUUGGUCAGUAUUAGUACUGGAAGCAGGACAAGAUGAAUCCAUAUUUACAGAUAUACCGGGUGCACAGUCUUUAUUGGAAACAUCGGCCGCCUACAGUUGGGGAUUCAGCACGGAACCAACCGAUAACGGUUGUCUCGGUUUUAAGAACAAACGUUGCUCUUGGCCAACGGGAAAAGGCAUGGGAGGCUCGUCGAUAAUCAAUGCAUUGUUUUACACAAGAGGGAAACAAGAACAUUACGAUAAGAUUGUAGCAUCGGGUAUCCCCGGAUGGGCUUACAAAGAUGUGAUGCCAUAUUUUUUAAAAUCUGAAAAUAAUUCUAUACCAGAAUAUGAAAAUUCACAAUUUCAUUCACAAAAAGGAUACUUCCAUGUUGAACGAUCCCGAUAUCGUUCACCACUCGUUGACAUGUUUAUCGAUGCAGGCGGGGAACUAGGGUUGCGAAAAAAUAUUGACUAUACAGUUGAUCCGGAAAACGGAAUAUCCAGUAUACAAGCUAACACAAUAAAUGGGCGACGAGUAAGUGCAUCUAAAGCUUUUAUACAUCCAGCCAAAGAUCGUCAAAACCUCCAUGUUGCAAUAUUAAGCCAAGUCACAAGAAUACUCAUUGAUUCAAAAACUAAAAAAACUAUCGGGGUGGAAUUUAUUAAAAAAAGAAAAACUAGAAUUGUAUACGCUAAAAAGGAGGUUAUUUUAUCUGCCGGUCCUAUAAAUUCACCACAGUUACUAAUGUUAUCAGGAAUUGGACCAAAAGAGCACUUAAUAUAUCAUGGUAUUUCAGUUAUCCAAAAUUUGCCAGUAGGACAACAUUUAGAAGACCACUAUGGAUUAAUCGGUUUGGAAUUCAUUGUGAAUCAAACCGGUCCAGUUCUGACUCAACAAAGUAUAUCAGAUCCAGUGUUGUUCGACGAAUGGUUCAAGUAUGGCCGAGGACCACUAACGGUGCCGAGAGGGAGAGACGGUUUGGCUUUCAUAAGAUCACCGUCCGGCAAAGAGCUCGAACUGGUAUUGGCUCCUAUAACCGAUAAACCAAACGUAUUUUUCAUCAGUACUUUGCUGUUGCAACCGGACGCUCGUGGAAGUGUAAAAUUGAAAUCCAACAACUCAAUGCAUCCGCCCGUUAUGCGCUAUGGUUAUUACGACAACGAUAGAGAUCUCGAAGACAAUAUAUACGCGCUCAAGUACGCUGUAAAAAUGGUGGAGGAGACGCAGGCGUUCAAAAGUGUCGCGGCCAAACUAAAUCCCAUACCGUACCCGAAAUGCGAACGUUUCCGGUUUAGAUCUGACGAGUAUUGGGCGUGUUUAUCAAAACAUUUUACCAACACGUUUCAUCAUCACUGUGGUACGUGCAGAAUGGGAACCGUCGUCAACGAUAGAUUACAAGUGAUUGGAAUUCAAGGACUACGAGUAGUGGACUCUUCGAUAUUCCCACAUAUUCCGAGCGCACAUCUUUACGCUCCAACCAUAAUGGUGGGCGAAAAAGGAGCAGAUAUGAUUAAAAGUUAUUGGUCAAAUUAAUAUAUUUUAUAAGAGUCAUAUUAUUAUACACGUAUGGUAUAAUAUUUUAAUUGUAAAAUAUAAUAUUAGGUACUGAAGUUUGUUUAUGUAGGUACUUAUACCAAUGUUCAAUUUAUAAAACCCAUAUGCAUAGUGUCAGCUUAUGGUAUAAAUCCUCAAGUGUGUAUUAAUUUUGUAUUGGGUACAAUGUUUUAAAAUUAUCAUUCAGGAGAUACCCAUUGUUAUAUUUAUUUAUAUAUUCUGGAGAAAAACCCUAUAAAAUUACUCGCCUUAGGCUUCAAUAUUUAUAAUUUAAAUAAUUACAAGUAAUAUUAUUACUUAGUAUAGUUAUUAUUUGCUGAUCAGUAGGUAAUUAAAAAUAAAAUGGUUUAAAACAAAAACUUCUUGUUAUUAUUUAGUGACUAGUUAUUAUUGUAGCUAAACGUUUUAAAAAUCAAAAUACAUAAAAAUAUAAAUUUUUUUAUAAAAUUUAAAUAAAAAUAAUAAUUUAAGUAUGUAAUACAAGGGCACAAGGCAAAGAUUCGGUUAU